UUAAGUCGCGUAAGGAAUGAAUAAAAUAUUAUGGAUAGGAAGUCUGCACAAAUCUCUUGCCUACGGCGGAAAAAGGGAGGCAAUUCUUCUGAGGCCAAGUGAGAAGAUUUGGUUAAAUGCAGCCAGGCAAAGGGUGCAGAAGCCCCAGGAGAACCCACCGCGUCCCAAGUUGAGGAGGAGCAAGAAGUUUUACGGAUAUAGCAUUGUGCUGGGGAGUCUCUUCAGCACUGUGCUGUGGGCCAUCUAUGAGCUGGGUAAACCAGAGGUGGAUCACCGAGGACCCAUCGAGGAUGAGUUCAGCCAUCUGCCCUGGUUCCGUCAGUAUCUGAUGAGGAUGUGGCACUCGCUGCAGUAUUACCAGAAAAUGAUGGAGGAACCGCAGAUGGUGAAGUUGCUGCCGGAUGUUUUGCCACCACCGUAUAUACAGCCUCCCUACUCACUGGUUCUGGAGAUCAAGGAUAUACUGGUCCACCCCGAUUGGACAUAUCAGACGGGGUGGCGUUUCAAGAAGCGACCCGGUGUGGAUUACUUCCUGCAGCAGUGCAGUCGGAACUUUGAGAUCGUAAUCUACACCUCGGAGCAGGGUAUGACCGCCUUUCCUCUCCUGGACGCCCUGGAUCCCUAUGGUUAUAUUAGCUAUCGGCUGGUUAGGGGAGCCACGGAUUUGGUGGAAGGACAGCAUACUAAGAACUUGGACUACCUUAAUCGGGAUCUAAGUCGAGUGAUUGUGGUGGACUGUGAUCCGAACACCACACCCCUGCAUCCUGAUAACAGCUUAGUGAUGACCAAAUGGCUGGGAAACGAUGACGAUGUCCAGCUUUUUGAUCUCACGGCCUUCCUGCAGUUGGUGGCCGAGCACCAGGUAACCGACGUGAGGGAGGUGCUGAGAUACUACCGCCAGUUCGAGGAUCCCAUCGAGCAGUUCAAGGACAACCAGCGGCGGCUGCAGGAGCAGAACCAGGAGAACGUCCAGGCCUCAGUCACUGGACCUCGUCCGUGGAAUCUAACAUUAAUGGGACGCUCCUUUCGAGGCUCAUAGAUUUGUAAUUUG